GCAGGGAGAGUCCCUCAAUGGGCAGUCAAGAAAGCUGGGCUGGCGCAGCGCAGAGGGGUGGGCGGAGGUAGUACGCGUCUCUAGAGCUGGGGGCGGGGCGGACCGAGCGGCCCCUCGGGCCACCUGAAUCCGGUUGUAGUUGAACUUGGCUUGCGGCGCAGUUCCUCAGCUCCGGUAGCUCUGGCGGAGUCUGCGCGAUGGGCGACCCGGAAAGGCCGGAAGCGGCCAGGCCCGAGUUGGAUGAGCGGUUACCUUCAGAUGCCAACGAAAAUGAAGUGAAGUCAAAUGAAGAGCCACUCUUAAGAAAGAGUUCUCGCCGAUUUGUCAUUUUUCCAAUCCAGUACCCUGAUAUUUGGAAAAUGUAUAAACAGGCACAAGCAUCCUUCUGGACAGCAGAAGAGGUUGACUUAUCAAAGGAUCUCCCUCACUGGAACAAACUUAAAUCAGAUGAGAAAUAUUUUAUCUCUCACAUCUUAGCCUUUUUUGCAGCCAGUGAUGGAAUUGUAAAUGAAAAUUUGGUGGAACGUUUUAGUCAGGAGGUACAGGUUCCAGAGGCUCGCUGUUUCUAUGGCUUUCAAAUUCUCAUCGAGAAUGUUCACUCAGAGAUGUACAGUUUGCUAAUAGACACUUACAUCAGAGAUCCCAAGAAAAGGGAAUUUUUAUUUAAUGCAAUUGAAACAAUGCCAUGUGUUAAGAAAAAAGCAGAUUGGGCCUUGCGAUGGAUAGCAGAUAGAAAAUCUACUUUUGGGGAAAGAGUGGUGGCCUUUGCUGCUGUAGAAGGAAUUUUCUUCUCAGGAUCUUUUGCUGCUAUAUUCUGGCUAAAGAAGAGAGGUCUUAUGCCUGGGCUUACUUUUUCCAAUGAACUUAUCAGCAGAGAUGAAGGUCUUCACUGUGACUUUGCUUGCCUGAUGUUUCGAUACUUAGUAAAUAAACCUUCAGAAGAAAGAGUCAGGGAGAUCAUUAUUGAGGCUGUAAAAAUUGAGCAGGAGUUUUUAACAGAAGCUUUACCAGUUGGCCUCAUUGGAAUGAAUUGUAUUUUGAUGAAACAGUACAUUGAGUUUGUGGCUGACAGAUUACUUGUAGAACUUGGAUUCUCAAAGAUUUUCCAGGCAGAAAAUCCCUUUGAUUUUAUGGAAAACAUUUCUUUACAAGGAAAAACGAAUUUCUUUGAGAAACGAGUUUCAGAGUACCAACGUUUUGCUGUUAUGACGGAAACCACAGAUAAUGUCUUCACCUUGGAUGCAGAUUUUUAAAAAUCUCCCCUGUUUUAAAACCCUAGCAACCUAUUAUUGAUAAAUAGCACUAUUUUUCUUUGUUUUAAACUUAAAGACUAUUCUUUGGGAGGGAUAAUUUGAUUAAAAGGAAAUCCAAAGCCAAAUUCCAGUCGGUUUGGAUUUAUGUAAUUUUCCUGUAUAACAACAAGAAUGUAACCUAAAUGCUUUUGUUUCACCGCUGGAACAUAAAACAGAAUUAUGUAGUGGUUAAGAACAUAGAGUGAAGGAUCAGAUAUGAAUUUGAGGUUCUGCCCUUACUCCUCGUGUGACCAUUGGCAAGGCAGUUAAUCUCUGUAAACCACAGUACACUUAUCUUUAACUUGGAAGUAAUUCUAGGUCUUAAUCAUAAGGGGAUAUAAGGAUUAAAAUGAAAAAAUAAGUGCUUAGCCAAUACUGGUACUAUUACCACCACUAGUAAUUAUUAUUAUUACUGCUAGUGCUAAUUGCAGUGAUGUUACAGUAAAAUACUCUUAUUUCCUUAAAGUAAUUGUCAUUCUAGGUCCUAGGAUCUAGAAUUAGAUCUUUGCAUUUGUAAUGUAUAUGGGAGGAAUAUAAGGAUUUUCUUGAAAAGAUCAUAAUUCUCAUUAACACAAGAAUAACUUCUCAAUGUGUAGUAAAGAAAAUGUAGUUCUUAGUUGCUUUAGGAAGGAUACUUACAGAGUCUAAUCUGGGAGGUGAUUAUGGUAGUUGACGUUAUAAGCAAAAUGAUUCUUCUCCUUCAGAAAUUAAAAAGGUAACAUUGUUGGAUUUAGCCCUGAAAUGUUUAAAACCAGGAUGAAUUAGCUAGAAUAGCAUUUUCCAAAGAAUGUUCUAAGAACUAUUAGCCCAUCUAGAUUUUUUUCAGGGAAAAAAGGAAUUCUAUGAUUGGAUGAGUUUGGGAAAUGCUGUACACUCAAUUUCUCUUUAGAAAGUGCAAUCAGUACAUCAAAGACUGAGAGAUUCUACAGUAUACAAACUUAUCUUACCAUGCCUGUUUCCAGCUUACUUCACAUAGAUCUGUUUUUACCUGUUAAUAUCUCAACCAGCUAGUGUUUCUCAGAACAUAGGUUAGAAAAAGCUGACUGAGAAUAAUUUAUAUGUAGAGGAAGAGAUUGUAAA